UCAUAAUCUCUUCCUCAUCCCCACAAAAAAAACCCUAAAGAGAAGACUCUCUCAAUCCCGGCGGCGAAAGAUGAAGUACAAUCCAAGAGUGACCUCUUCCCGCAGGAAGAACAGGAAAGCUCAUUUCACAGCUUCCUCAAGCGAGAGGCGUGUGAUAAUGAGCUCUCCUCUCUCGACCGAUCUUCGUCAGAAGUACAAUGUCAGAUCCAUGCCGAUCCGUAAAGACGACGAGGUUCAGAUCGUUCGUGGUACUUACAAGGGACGUGAAGGUAAAGUUGUUCAGGUGUACCGUCGCAAAUGGGUGAUUCACAUCGAGAGGAUUACGAGAGAGAAGGUGAAUGGAACAACCGUGAACGUUGGGAUUCAGCCGUCGAAAGUUGUGAUAACGAAGCUUCGUCUUGAUAAAGAUAGGAAAUCGCUUUUGGAGAGGAAGGCUAAGGGACGUGCUGCUGCUGAUAAGGAGAAGGGUACUAAGUUUACUUCUGAGGAUGUUAUGCAGAACGUUGAUUAAGUGAUAAGGAAGAAGAAAUCUUUCUGAAAGGUUUUAUCUUUUAGAUUUAUGCUUUUUUACUUUCAAGUUUUGGAUAUUUCGAAUGUUGUCACUGGAUCUUUAUCAUUUUGGAUAUUUGAAGUUUUAUUAUGGAGUUUGUCUCUUUGCUCA